GUGGGGCGCAGAGACUGCAAGCAACACACGUGUGGCUGCCGGGAUGAAGUUCGCAUACAGGUUUUCAAAUUUGCUGGGGACAGUCUAUCGGUGUGGAAACUUAAAUUUUACCUGUGAUGGGAAUUCAGUUAUCAGCCCUGUGGGAAACAGAGUUACUGUGUUCGACUUGAAAAACAACAAGUCCAACACCCUGCCCCUGGCCACUCGCUACAACAUCAAGUGUGUGGGGCUGUCCCCGGACGGCCGCCUGGCCAUCAUUGUUGAUGAAGGGGGCAAUGCGCUGCUGGUCAGCCUGGUGUGCCGGUCUGUGCUGCACCACUUCCACUUCAAGGGUGCCGUGCACAGCGUCUCCUUCUCCCCCGAUGGCAGGAAAUUCGUCAUCACGAAAGGCAACCUUGCUCAGAUGUACCAUGCGCCUGGGAGGAAGCGGGAAUUCAACGCAUUUGUCCUGGACAAAACCUACUUUGGGCCUUAUGACGAGACCACGUGCAUUGACUGGACAGACGAUUCCCGGUGCUUUGCAGUCGGGAGCAGAGACAUGUCCACAUGGGUGUUUGGGGCCGAGCGCUGGGACAACCUCAUCUACUACGCGCUGGGGGGACACAAGGAUGCCAUCGUGGCCUGCUUCUUCGAGGCCAGCAGCCUGGACCUGUACACGCUCAGCCAGGAUGGCGCCCUGUGCGUGUGGCAGUGCGACACCCUUCCUGAAGACCUGAGGCUGAAGGCCCCCACAGGCUGGAAGGCAGACCUGCUGCAGAGGGAGGAGGAGGAGGAGGAGGAGGAGGCAGAGAGGGAGACCACCAUCCGUGGGAAGGCCACACCGGCCGCGGAGGAGCAGCAGGGGAAAGUGAAGUACUCACGGCUGGCCAAGUACUUUUUCAACAAAGAAGGAGAUUUUAACAAUCUGACGGCUGCUACAUAUCACAAGAAGGUCCACCUCUUGGUCACUGGUUUUGCUUCUGGAAUCUUCCACCUUCAUGAGCUCCCAGAGUUCAACCUCAUCCACUCGCUGAGCAUCUCAGAUCAGAGGGUUGCGUCUGUCGCCAUCAACAGCUCUGGGGACUGGAUCGCCUUCGGGUGCUCAGGCUUGGGCCAGCUGCUGGUGUGGGAGUGGCAGAGCGAGUCCUACGUGCUCAAGCAGCAGGGUCACUUCAACAGCAUGGUGUCCCUGGCCUACUCCCCUGAUGGGCAGUACAUUGUGACCGGCGGGGACGAUGGCAAGGUCAAGGUGUGGAACACCCUCAGCGGCUUCUGCUUUGUCACUUUCACGGAACACUCAAGUGGAGUCACCGGCGUGACCUUCACCACCACCGGCUACGUCAUCGUGACCUCCUCCAUGGACGGGACUGUGCGCGCCUUCGAUCUUCACAGGUACCGGAACUUCCGCACCUUCACAUCCCCGCGCCCCACCCAGUUCUCCUGCGUGGCUGUGGACUCGAGCGGGGAGAUCGUCUCUGCUGGGGCACAGGACUCUUUCGAGGUCUUCAUCUGGUCUAUGCAGACGGGCCGGCUCCUUGAUGUUUUGUCCGGCCACGAGGGGCCCAUCAGCGGACUGUGUUUUAACCCCACGAAGUCAGUCCUGGCCAGCGCCUCCUGGGACAGGACGGUGCGUCUGUGGGACAUGGCGGACAGCUGGAGGACCACAGAGACUCUGGCCCUCACCUCUGACGCUCUGGCCGUGACCUUUCGCCCUGACGGUGCCGAGCUGGCUGUGGCCACACUGAACUCACAGAUCACCUUCUGGGACCCUGAGAACGCAGUGCAGACGGGCUCCAUCGAGGGCAGGCACGACCUCAAGACAGGCAGGAAGGAGCUGGACAAGAUCACCGCCAAGCACUCAGCCAAGGGGAAGGCCUUCACCACUCUGUGCUACUCCGCGGACGGCCAGAGCAUCUUGGCGGGAGGGAUGUCCAAGUUCGUGUGCAUCUAUCACGUCAGGGAGCAGAUUCUCAGGAAGAAGUUCGAGAUUUCCUGCAACCUAUCUCUGGACGCCAUGGAGGAAUUUUUGAACCGAAGGAAAAUGACAGAGUUCGGCAACCUGGCACUCAUUGACCAAGACGCUGCGGAGGAGGGCGGGGUCGCCAUCCCACUGCCGGGCGUGAAGAAAGGUGACAUGAGCUCCCGGCACUUCAAACCUGAGAUCAGGGUGACUUCACUCCGCUUCUCCCCCACCGGGCGCUGCUGGGCGGCCACUACCACUGAGGGGCUCCUCAUUUACUCCUUGGAUGCCCAGAUGCUCUUCGACCCGUUCGAGCUGGACACCAGCGUCACCCCUGCGCGGAUCCGGGCGGCACUGCGCCAGCGGGACUUCACCAGGGCCAUCCUCCUGGCCUUCCGGCUCAACGAGAGGAAGCUGCUGCAGGAGACCCUGGAGGCGGUGCCCUGGGACGAGAUCGAGAUCAUAAGCUCCUCCCUGCCUGACUUGUACGUGGAGAAGGUGCUGGAAUUUUUAGCUUCGUCCUUUGAAGUGUCUCGCCAUCUAGAAUUCUACCUCAUAUGGGCUCAGAAACUGCUCAUGGUGCACGGACAGAAGCUGAAGUCCAGAGUGGGGACGCUGCUGCCGGCGGUCCAGUUCCUUCAGAAGAGCAUCCAGCGCCACUUGGACGAUGUCUCCAAACUCUGUGACUGGAACCGCUACAACCUGCAGUACGCGCUGGCCGUCUCGAAGCAGCGGGGCCUGAAGCGGCCCUUAGAGCUGCCAGGCAGCGAGGAGGAGGCAGACGCAUCUGAGGACGACGAUGACAGUCUGCACCUGCUUGGGGGAGGGCCUGGGCAGGCGGACGGGCCGCUGGCCUAGGGCCACACCCCACGGCUCUGGUUAAGACGCUGGGCAAGGAGGGACCGCCACCGCAGGGGGCAGCUGCCCGGAGAGCCGGAGCCCCAGCACUGGGGCUCACUCCUCGGCAGGCACCAAACACCACCUUGGGGUCAGCGCUCUAGCUGAUAGGUUCCCGGCAGGCAUGGCUCAGCACUCAGGGCCCAGGAGCAUCUGCCAUUCAAACACCUUGCAAAGAGGCUAAUGGGCCAACGUGUGUAGAUGCAAACUUUGUAUGAGGAUUUUUAUAUUUUUAAUAUAAAGUUUUGAUAAUUUUAGGGAUGAAAAAGACAUGUAUUUCUAAAACAUAGGUAUUAAGGCUAGGUAUUAAGGCUGAUCUCGGAAUUUGAAGUGUUUGUAACGUAUCCUGGGUAUGACUGUUGUGUUGGCACCUCCAUGCCAGCGAACAGGUGAGCUGGGCAGGUAGCCUGGCCACCAGCCCCAUCUCUCUGCACAGGGUUGGGGCAGGGAGCAUCCGCUGGACUCUGAGUUUGGAGAUGGCCUGGAAGGGCUUCCCAGGGAGACUUGUCGGACCUGCUUGCCAGCUCCAAGGAGGACUCCAUCCCGCAAGGCCCCUCAGAAAGGGUUACCAUGAGGGCGGUCCAGACCACAGCCAGGCGCCUGGUCUCUCAGCAGUGACAGCCUCCAGGGUCGGGACACAGGCCCCAGCGUGCAGGUCUCCAGAGGUGUGGCCAGGAGUCACUGGACUUACUGGGAAGAGAAGCAAGCAGGUUCUUGCAUGUCGGGUGGGACUGUGUGUCACCUUGCGGUGCUCUAUGUGCUUGUGAAACGUGUGUGCUACCUCCAGAGGAAUCAUUUCUUUUGUAAAUAUAUCAGAUCCUCUUCCAUGAUUGGGUCUUAAGCUAUAAAAUAAAUACAUGGAUGGUUAUGUAUGUUCAGA